CAAUCACUGUAAAGAUAUUUUGUUUUUGUAUAUAGCUUGUUCACAUUAGACGCAGUAUACAUAUGGGUUUUCUGGAUUAUGACAAGACCAGUUAUACUUCAAACAUCACUUCCUGUUCUUCAAAAUCUGGUGAGAAGAAUGCUAGUAAUGAAAAUGGUUUUGGAAUUCCAGCCUCAGAUCAUUACAGAUGGAAUCCUGAACUGCCGAGCUGCAAUUCUUCCUUGCAUCUUUCUGAAAGCCACCUAUCGCAGCUCUCCGCGUCAAUGGAAAAUCAUUUGGGGCCAUCUGAUAAUGAAGUUCAGUCUACAAAAGAUUUCACUAAGUUUUUAGUUCACAUUACGGGUGAAGAUUUCUGUGGUAGUACCCUCAAAAUGGAGAGUAAACAGUUGGAUCCUCCAAACAUGAAAAGGAAGAGAAAAGGUCAGAUUGAUCUAGGUGCUUCUUGUUCAAAACAUGAGAAGGAAGAGGAAAGUGCUGAUUUCUGUCAGAGUACCCUCAGAAAGAAGAGGAAAAUCCACAAAUCAGGUCACUGUCAAUGUAAAAAAGCAAGCUGCCUGAGGAAAUAUUGUGAAUGUUUUAAGGGUGGUGUUGGUUGCUCGCUAAGUUGUAAGUGUCAAGGAUGCAAGAAUAUAUAUGGUAGAAACGAUACGGAGGCGGAAACAAAAUCAGAGCUUGAAGAAACAGAAGCAUUACAUAUUUUCAGACCAUUGGAAAGAUGUAGUGCUAAAUUGUUUGGCAGCCAAAAUAAAGAGUUCGUGGAAUCAAUUGCUACUGGAUCAGUCUAUUCAUAUGAAAAUAUACAAUGAAGCCACAUGCAGUUACAACUUUAACAGAAUGAUAUUUUGUAUAGACUUAAAAGCAGUUCAUACUCAUAACAGUUUCCACAAUUUAACUGGAAAUCCACAAGGAAAGAUAUAUAAAUGCACUUUACUAGAGCUAAAAUUUUUUGUCGCAAGUUGGCUGAAAUUAUGUGUAACUAGAAAUUGACAGGGUAUAAUUUAUAUAUAUUGGA